UGUUAUGGUUUCAAGUCAAGCUUCAAAACAUCGAAAAUAAACAAUGAUAAUCAUUUGGGUAUUUUUCAAACUUUCAUUGCGAGUUCAAUAAUAAUUGUCCGUUUUUGUCCCUCCACCUCACCUUUUUGUAGUGAAUAGAAAUGUGAAGUAUUAGUAAUUAGCUGCUAACUUGUUACCGUUUAUUCCUAUCCUGUAGCUCAUGUGGUGCAGUGGUACGAUCUUGCGAAGUACUCCGAAGUGAUAUCCUUGGUUCAUGGUACAUCUGUCCUUUGCAUUAUUACUUACUUUUAAGCGAUUGAUGAACUGACUUAUCUGCAAUAAACAGAUAAUACGGUAACCAUAAAAAUGUCAGUUGAGAAAUGGAGCAUUUUUAAUUUGCUCACCGCUGAUGUGCGAGCGCGAAUACGACUGUUUGCUGUUUUGGGAGCAAAUGGGAACGAAGCGAUAUUCAUUACGGAUGAUGACGAAGCGUUUGGCUUUGGGACGAACUACAGCUACUGCUUGGGAUACGGCGACUAUGGCGCGACACUUGAACCGCGAAGGAUAGAUGCAUUGUGCGGGCAGAAAGUCAAAGCUUUCAGCUAUGGAGCAAGUCCGCAUGUUAUGGCCAUCACGGGUGAAGGCGCCGUAUAUGCUUGGGGCCACAAUGGACAUUCCCAACUGGGUAAUGGUACACAGUCGCUGUCCAAUGUUCCGGUAUUAUCCGGUGCGGGCUCUGGCAUGCGCAAUGUCGUCCGUGUGGCCUGUGGGAGUUUUCACACAUUGGCUUUGACCGCGGAAGGAGAGGUAUUUGCGUGGGGUCAGAAUUCCUGUGGUCAGAUCGGCUCGGGAUGCUUAGCCAAUCAAGCUCAUCCUCGAAAAGUCACUGCUUGCAUUGGGCCUUUCAAAGCUGUCGAUAUCGCUUGUUCUCAGUCUUCCUCCUUCGCAGUACUGGAAAACGGAGAGAUAUACGCAUGGGGAUAUAAUGGGAAUGGCCAGUUGGGAUCUGGAAAUGCCAUCAAUCAAGCCACGCCAAGUCGUUGUACGGCUUUGGCAGGCAUUGUGGUGACACGGGUGGUAUGCGGUUACGCACACAUUUUAGCUCUUACUGACCAAGGGCAUAUUUAUGCGUGGGGUGCAAACACUUACGGACAGUUGGGAAAUGGGACGAAGUUGAAUUCAUCGAUUCCUGUUCGAAUUGCUCCGGAUUUGGGACGUUUUAUCGAUAUCGCAGCGGUUCAUGCUGCUAGUAUUAGUGCUGCCGUGACCGAUACCGGGAAGGUAUAUAUGUGGGGUCAAGUUCGCGGGCAGUUCGUCACAGUUCCUCUGGAAUCGCCGUUUGACAAUCUUGACGAUGUUUUCGCAUGCUGUAGUCAUCCGGCUAUCACUUUUCGGGCUAUUCAAACUAAAAAGAGCAUGCUGAAAGAUUUGGUUGCUGCUGCAUUUAAUGAUGAAAAUACAGCAGAUAUUCGUUUUGUGUGCGACGAUGCGCCGGAUCGUCCGAUUUUUUGUCACAAAUCCAUCCUGAGAAUACGAUGUCUGUAUUUUCAAAAGAUGUUCGCGGAGCCAUGGAGUGACCGCGAAAAGGAAAUCAUCACCGUGCAAGAUUAUCCUUACAAAGUGUAUUUUGCCUUUUUGAAGUAUUUAUACACGGAGACCGUCAGUCUGGGGACCGAUGAAGUGUUGCAAUUAUUGGAUUUGGCUAAUGCGUACUGUGAAGAGAAUCUGAUGCAUGACUGCACAAACCUGAUCAAGCACGGUGUGGACAGUGCGAACGCUGCAUUUAUAUACGACUAUGCGCUGCGGUUUAAUGCCAAGGAACUCGAGGAGUACUGUUUCCGGUACAUGCUGAAUCAUAUGACUGAGAUUACGCAGACUAAAACUUUCUUGAAGCUGGAUGAGACAACCGUAAAGAAUUUUAUCACAAAGGCAUCACAGAAUGGAGCUUUCAGGACCUAGUAGAAGUCGCAUUAACCGAAAAUCGGUAAUUGAUUGGCGAAAUCGUAAACAGCAAAUCUUCGAAGUCAUUGUCUGUGGCAAGAUUAACAGCAUGUAUUAGUUUAUACAAUGUACUCGUAUAAGAAACGUGCUUUGGUACACUAGAGCCAUGAAUCUUACAUGUAAAAUUCUUAGAAAAUCUGUUGAUGAUUCUGAUUGCGCUGACGAAGAAAGGUCACAAUAACUUUUGUACAACGACUUCCUUGGAUGUAAUAGCAUGAUGAAUAGCUGCUGGGACUUUUUGUACGGAAUUUCAAAUGCGCUAUGUGGCAUUUAUAUUGUAUUUAUUAAUGACUCAUGCUGACGCUGAUUUCUGCAUAAAGCACACCGCGGUGACAUCUAUCCAUAAGAUUUUC